AUGGUCCUGCGCUUCACACGCACUGCUGGGAGGGCGGGGGUGACAGGGCCGGCCCGCACUGCGCCCCACCCGUCCAUCACACCGGGGUGCUGUAGCGAAGACGGCAGACUGUGCAGGGAGCAGGAGACCUCGGCUCUCCCAGAGCCCUGGGAGCCAGAAGUCCCAGCCAAGGCGCUGGCGGGCCUCUGUUCUCUCUGCAGGCUCUGCAGGAGCAUCGGUUCCCCGCCUUUCUCUGAGCUCCUGCUGGGUGCCCCGGCUUACAGCUGCAUCAGUGCCGGCUCCCCGCCCGUCCUCCUGGCGUCCCCUGGCUGUCUCCUCAUGCGCGUCUCGUGGUGA